GAAGAGAGGAGGAGGAUAGUGAGGAGAGGACAGAUGCUGAGGAGAGAGUGAUAGUGAACGGCACGCUGAGGAGAGAUAGACAGAGAGAGUGAGGAGGAGGAGGAGGAGGAGACGAUCUGCUGGAGGAAGCAGCAGCAUCGUCGAUUUUCAUAGGAACCAAGGCAGCUUUCCUCUGUUGCCGUGACGAUGGGCUGCUGGCUCUCUGGACCGUGGAUGGGUGACCAAACGGUGAGUGGGCGGAGUCUUACCAACCUGAGCCAGCGGGAUGCUCUGCGAAUCCUGGCGGCCAGUCAGCGUCCAAUCACCAUGCAGAUCAAGGGUCAGAGGGGGUGUGGCACCGAGGCAGACAGGGGAAUCUGGGAGCCGCUUCCCCUCAAUCUGCAGCAUCUCAACCUGCCCCUCCCACUGAUGGCGGGGCUCAACGCCUCCAGCCCCUCCUACCAGGACAGACAUUAUUACAGCCAUCUGUCUCUGCCACAAGAUCACUGUGAAGCAGGACGGUACAGCUACCUGUCCAGCUCCCCACGGGACACUGUGGACAUCGGCCACCAGGAUCCAGAACUGACUGGUCGUGGACCAAAGGGACAGAACUGCCUGAUGGGAUGUUGUAAUGCAAACCUGGAGGAACCUAACGGGUUCCACAGUCAGACGGACGACGAGGACUUCAUGCUGGAGAAGCCGCUGGGCUUCCUGCCGCUGCACCAUGAGCUUGACAGCGGUCUCGGCUGGACUGAUGGUUCCCUCCACCAGGGCGACCUCUCGGGGCUGGAGACCGAGGAGGGAGGCCUGGAGGACUGUCAUCCACACGGGGGCCUCGCCCCAGGGGGUUGUGGAGGCUUCGGAGGAGGCGGCUCUCCUUCUUCUGAGUCCUUUAUUUCCUCAGAGCUCAGCGACUCGGGCUUCUACAGCGUGAGCACCGGGGAGUUCAGGCACUUCCAGAGGCUACUGGAGAAGCGAAUGCGGAUGUACAACGCCCGGCUGCAACAUCAGGGCGAACCCUGCGAGAGGCGGGAGCGGCGUGACAGCUGCCCCAAGAGCCACCGCGAGCUUCUGGAGGCCAUCCCUGAGGUGCUGACCAUGCAGUCUCAGUGUCCACACCUACAGCUCGAGAUGGAUGACGGUGCUGGGCCCAUGAUGGAUAUCCCACCCCGCGGACUUUUCAGGGUUUCAUCGGUCCAGUUCCAUAAAGCUGACCGGCCCUGUCUGGACCGUCACAGCUCCAGCAGUGGAGCCCUCUUCAACCCCUCCCACGCUCAUGCUGGAGUCUCACGAAUGACUGCCCCGGUCCUCUCCACCUGCAGCACCCCAUCCAGCAACCGGAGAUCACUAGUACCCAUGCAGCAGCACCACCAGAGCUCCAGUUCAGUGGGGAUGCUGAGGAGAAGCCGAACUCUGCACCAUCGCCCUCCUCCACAAGAGUACCGCCGUCGAGCCAGCCACCCAGCUUCUCCCUCCUACUGCGCAGCAACCCUGCACCACUGCGGAGGUGUCCCGCCACAUAACGUCCUGCCACCAGGCCUGCCAGAGGAAGGUGAGCUGGUGGCUGGUGUGUUGGCUUCUCACCCAGCAGGCCUGUCCCUCUCACCACAACAACACCCCACUUCUGUGGGGCAUAUCAGGGGCACCAACACCCACGAACGCUGCUACGACAACAAUCAUAAUGCCCAGAUCGCUCACCACGACUGGUGGCACUCGCAAGAAAGAAACUUGAUGCCGGAGCAACUGGUGACAGAAAGGGACAGAGAGAUCGAGAGGGAACUGGAACAAAAGAGGCAAAUGCAAGAGAAAGAGCUGGAGAGGGAGAGGGAGGCGCAGAUUCAAGAGGAGAUGGAAAGAGAGAGGCAGCAGGAGCUGGGGAGGUGCCGAGCAAGAGAACAGCAGCACCUCCAGGUUUUGGUCCACCCUCCUCAGGCUGGGGAUGUCAACGACACCUGGCCGAAACCGGCCAACCGUCAGUCCCAGGGUGGUGGGGGAGGCAGAGGAGGUCUCUACAGCACCCUGGAGGGCCACAUAGGGGCCGGCUGUGCUGCUGGAUGGGAUGCAAAGAUAGGACACAUGAACGCAUGUUCAAGCCCUAAUCCCAGUUGUGGUUUGCAGCCAAAACUUAAUCCGAGCUCCAAACCCAACGCAACCUCGCGGAUCUCCAGAAACCAGCUCCUGAGAGACCGGGCGUCCCAGUUGGCGGAUGAACGCAGUGGGAUGAGCACAGAUGAGGAGACCAAUACCGACAUGCUGAUGGGUCGAUACUGGAGUCGAAUGGAGAGAAGGGAACACUUCCUGUUGGCCCGUGAGCAGAGGCAGCAGCAGAUGCAGGCCAGAGGAGGAACUAUCCGCGACGUCAUCUUCAGGGGCGGAGCUAUCGCUGGGGGUGGAGGAGCCUCUGUUGGAGACGGAAGUGUGCUGGACAGCAGAGGGGGCGGAGCUUUUGCAGAAGGGAGGUGCCACACGGUCCUGGAGCUGAGUCAGAGGAAGCUGAGUCGUCUGAGGAACAGGAAGCUGUUGGAUGACUGGACGACAGUCGAGGAGCUGCUGACUCAUGGGACCAGGCUGAAUAACCAUGACGGCAUGCUGUGUACCAGCUCCCUGCUGACGGUCACCACCGUAUAACUGCAUGGGCACCACAUCUAACUGUAACUCUGUGUGAGUGUGUGUGUGAUGUUACGCUAACAAAACGACAUUUUAGUAAGUCCUUGUGUUCUGUCUUCUCCAAAGUGAGAUGAGAAAAUGGAUAUCAGUUUCAUCCUUGUGUGUCCAGUACAGAGAAAAGUCCAGAACGUGUUAAGCAUAGCUAAGCACAAAGACUGGAAGCGUGGGGAAACUGCUAGCCUAGCUUAAUCAAAAAAGUAAAAAACAAAACAAUUUACAAGAACUCUAAAGCUAACUGAUUUAGAGCUGCAACAAUGAAUUGAUUAAUUGGAAAGUAUUAAAUGAAUCGCCAAAACAAAAGUUGUGGACAAAUACGAGAUCGUCCUCUUCAUCUCCGUACUAGAAGCACUAAAAUCAAACUGAUAUCCAUCCUCUCAUAUCACUCUGGGAAAGACGGUGUACAAGAAGAUUUACAGAAAUGUCGGACUGUUCCUUUAAUGAAUGUGCGCGAGAGAGGGAACCUCACUGUCAUCGCUGUACAUCACCUCAACUGAUAGCUUUAUGUGUGGCUGUGUCAUCACUGUACAGCACUCCAGACACAAUGUGUGUGUCAGUGCAUGACGCUUGUAAAGACAAAACAACGGAACAAGGUCAGACGUGCGCGUAUGUUUGCAUCAUGUGUUUCAUGCUACAUCUUAUGCUACAUGUAUUUCACGGAAUCUUUGACGAAAAUUACAAAAAAAUGUUGGUUGAGACUCAAAUCCUCAAACAGACCAUGAGAUUUCGGGGAGCAAUACUGUUCUGCGUGAUGUACCUGGCUGUGCACUAACGAUAGAUCACAUACCACUACUUUUCCAUCAGGGCCACAGAACACAUCAACUGUAGCAACGCAGACAAUGACACCUGAGAUUUGAUACCAAAUCCUGAAUGGUUUUUAUAGAAACUCUGUUUACAAUUAAAAUAUCAAUCGGUGGGAGCUUUUGUAACUGAAAUGAUAAAAAAAAACGCAACCUCAUUUAUUUGGUUGUUGAACACUAGUGAAACCGUGUUGAUCAGGGACGGGGAACAAUGUGCCACGGACGUUUGCCGAGCAUUUUGACUGCAGCUUUAAUCUAGAAAAUGUUGUGAUUCAGUUGGUGUUUAUCCUGCAUUCACGUCGUAUAAUUCAGACUGCACUUGUGAUUUAGAGUAGGAGGUAUCAGGAAUUUCAGAUUUAUCAAUAAAAACAGUGGCGAAAUGGUUGCAAAGUCCCCACCAAUGAGAGUUACAUCUAAAUAAAAUGCACUACUAAGACACAAUUAAUUCAGAUAAUUAGAAAGUAGCUAUACAUUAAAAAUGUAUUUUCAUAUUAGCUAAAAAUAGGUAAAAUGAUUUUAAAAAAAGCUAAUCUAGACUUGAUGUCCAUUUAUCCAUUUAUCUGAGAUGUAGGCUAGAAAAAUCAUAAAACAGAAAGAAAGCACCAUAAUGUGUGAAGUCCUAUUAAAGGGAGCCCCCCCCCCCCACCCCCCCAUUCUUACUGUUCUGCUGACACGGCGUGAAUACAGCAUACGAUUUGUUGCCCUUCAUGGCACAUUGUUCUCUGUUCCUGCUGGUGUCUUUGCUGUUGGCAGGAUGUUUACAGAUCUACCUACCCAGGUAACAGCUUAUGCAUGUUUACUGAAAACUACAGUGAUGCAUUGACUGUGUGGAGACAAUUUCAAAGAAAAGAGGAUGCACCUCGAGUCAACUUUACCUUGUCCAGACUGCUGCAGCGGCUGUACUUUGAGCUCAAGUCAGUGUUGACAUUCCACUAAAAGCAGGUACAUUGUGAGUAAAUCUGAAAUCUUCUGAUUCCAGGUCUGCAGUUCGGGAAAAAGUGCAAUAAUACCUCAAGCUAGUUUUUAAUAUGACAAUGACAGUGCGCUCCCUUGUCAGGUGUCCAUCGAAUGCAGUAACUCGUUUUAAAUCAAACAGAUGCACAAACGUGACGAGUGGCCGCAAGUGCACAGUAAUCCUAGAAUCUAAAAUGGCAAGAGCAAAGGUUAUGUAGAUAUUUACAUUAUUUCUUUACAUUGUUUUCCAUGAGAGGGACCUAAGAAAACAACUUUUUGCACAUCAUUUUUUAUACAAAGAAGUUUUCCCUACCUUUCUGUACCGGGGACGAAGGCCAGUGGAACGACUGUAGAUAGAACGACAGUGUGUGUUGAUGUUUUCUUUAUAAACUAUCAUAGUGAUUUGGAGAGGAAAAAAAUAAGUUUAUUGUCAUUGUGUUGGAUAUAUUUCAAUAUUUUUCUUGUGAUGGUUACGAAACCAAUGUGAACAGUUUGUAUGAUCUUUAAAUUCGACUUGAUUUACCUUAAAGCUGGUGAAACUUUGAUUUUCCAUUUUCAAAGAGUGAACACAAAAUGUGAAUAUUACUGUCGCUUUAAACGGCUAAAUUGAAUUUUACUGUUGUUUUGUGUCAUUAUGACAUGUACAUAUUGAUUUUGUCGGAAGGUGCAGGUGAGGUUGGAGUUAGCAACAGGACAUGCUGAUGCCAUCAGACGCCUCCAGUGGUUUAUCAUGUGAUGCUGUAGGUUUAUAGCUGUGUUAUGGAGGCUGUAAAUACAGCACAGAGAUUAACAUUGUAGUAUUAGUAUGUUUAACACUCACAAUAUUGUCAAAAAGUGGUUCAGUUUGUUCGGAAUGUUAAACGUGGCAUCCAUGAAUUAUAAAUAGGAUCACUGACACUUAAAGGAACACUACAACAAUUCUAGAUAAAUCUCCCAGAGUCACAUGCUUCAGUUUCCUCUCUGUGUGUCCAGUACAGAGAUGUGUCCAGCACAUGUUCAGCACAACUUAGCACAAAUACUGGAAGCAAAAUAAAAAAAACUUCCACUAACCAAUGUUAAAUGUUUAAUUGUAUUAAUUUAACAUGUGUAGGAAUAGAAAUGUAUAUAAAGGACACGUUGUGGCUUUACCGGAUGUGUUUAGCUUGGUUGGUACAAAGUUUGGGAGCCGGAGGAAACUACGAGACUGUUUUCAUCAAAAAUGAAAGAAUGCUAGCAAAACUCUGAGCUACGUGCUAACGUCAGCAUACCGUCAUGCUCACAAUGACAAUGUUAACAUGCCAAUGUUCAGCAGGUAAUGGUCUCCUUCUUAGUUUAACAUGUUAGAAUGCUAAGGUUUGUCUAAAAGCUCUAAACUUUACGCACAGUUGAGGCUGAUGGGAAACAAUGAAGCAUUGGUUAAAUUUGUACCUAAUGACACGAAAUAAAAAGUUGAAUGUAUCUUGAAAAUGAUUACAAUUAAUCCUAAGGGGGCCAUGAACGUCUGAACCAAAUAUCAUGGAAGUCCAUCCAAAUAGUUGAGAUAUUUCAGUCUGGAUCAGUGGUGGUGGAGGAAAAAAUAUAAACAACUCCAAAGCUGUGUGAUUUAUGAGAUAUAUCCUCUAAGCUAACAAACUAGUCAACAAAACUCUUGAUAGGCUCAGUUGUUAAAUCCAACCAGGGAAAUAGCCAUCACUGGGCACACCACCAGGCAUGGCUGAAUCACUGAACAAUCUGAGGCCUAAACUGGGCAUCUCAAAAGCUCUUUUUUAUCAAAGUGAGGUUGCCAUUCCAAAAGCAACUGGUUCAUUUCAAAAUCAGACAGCCUCGGAGCUGCUGGAAGCUUGAGCUAUAGGCUUGCAGUUCCCCUCCGCUCCCAGUCUUUGUGCUAAGCUGAGCAUGUCCUGGGCCUCUCUCUGUACCGGACACACAGGGAGUAAACUGACAUCCAUCCUCUCAUCUGACUCGAGAGAACACAGAGAACAAGGAGGACUGACACAUAUUUCAAACUGUUGGUUUAAAAAAA